UUGCCAGCAUAAAAAUUUCUAUGCUGGUUUCGUGGCAUUAUAGAAAUUUCUGUGCAGACAAGCAUUCUACUGUCCUGCAUCAAUGUUGCCUGCAAACACUAUCCCUAGUGCAUACAAUUCUUUGUUGGAUGACUGCAUGCUCUUAUGCAUGUCUAAUAGAGAUAGCUUUCUCCUAAAUUAAGAGGUAUGAAUUUGCUGCUUGGUACACUGCGCAAACCAUCUUCUACUAAUGCAUGGAUAUGGUAUCUCGAUUCUUCCAGGCUUUCUGGAGCAGCUAUGAUUAGGAUGAUCUAGAUUGACUGUGAUGAUGUUGUAAUAGGGGAGAAUCUAUACUGGUAAUACUUGAGCUAUAAUUGUUUAUCCAUUAUUCUACUUAUGAUGUGCAGGACCACUUAGCACUGAUGAUGGAGCUACUGGGUAUGAUGCCACGCAAGAUCGCCUUGGGCGGCCGGUACUCCCGUGCAUUCUUUAACAGGUAUGGGGACUUGAGGCACAUCCGCCGCUUGAAGUUUUGGCCACUCCACAAAGUGCUCAUUGAGAAGUACAACUUCAACGAACGAGAUGCAAAAGACAUUGCCGACUUCCUUGUCCCUGUAUUAGACUUCGUUCCAGAAAAGCGUCCCACAGCUUCUCAGUUGCUUCAGCACCCAUGGAUUGAUGCAGGACCUUUACUACGUGAGCCAUGCGUGCCACCCACUGAUCAAAGACAGCCAUCUGUUUCCGAGAAGCAGAGGAAGGAGAGAGAUGAAAAGGAGGAAAUGGCAGUGGGAUUGGGGAAUAUGGCUAUUGAUGGAGCUGCAUAGCCAACCAAAGAUCCUCAAAGUAGUAGUAGACCAAGCAAGGUAAAUCUUACAGCAUCUAGGUAGUUAGUCGUUAUGAUAUACGAGCAUUCCACCUUCAAAAUGAGCUAGUUUUUUUGCCACAGUGCAUGUAUUCUGGCUGGGAGAAUGAUAAACCCUCCCAGCUUGAAAUGCCUCAAGGAUGGGUGUAAAAUGGGAAGGCUUAGGUGUUCAAUUAGGGUGGGAACAGUGAUUGAGGUAUAUUUAUGUGGCGGGAUUAUAGAGAUCGAUCCCUGUAUGAUGAGCUCCCAUUUAUUCAAAUUUCUUCUUGGAAUGAACUUGUGCAACACUAAUCAUCUUUAUUUAUCUGGAAAUUUUCGAAUAA